AUGGAAAGAAAUAUUCAAUCUUCAGAUGAAUACAAGCAGCUAACGAGUGCAUUGGAGAUACUAGAGCAACAGAGAAAGACAAGAGAGAAUGAUAUCGAAUCAUUAAAGACUCUAUUUAAGCAAUCAAUCAAUGAUCCAAUACAAUUUGUUGAAUCGCUAAUUGAAGGUAAAAUACAAUUACCUGGUAAACAACCUAUUCAUCAAGUACCAAUCAUAGAGAUAACAUCAAAUGGGAAGAUUAUUCGUUCACCUCCACCGAGUCAAUCUUCGUCGAUGACGACUCCAACAAAACAAUCAUUGUCUUCUUCAUUAUUAGAAAUGACUCCAAUCAAGAUACCAUUGUUAUUACCAACCUCGUCAUCAUCAUCUAAUCCUUCUUCACCUCCUUCUUCAUCAUCAUCAUCAAAGAAGAAAAGACCAUUUACUGAAAAAGAAACAGAGUCACAUAUGAAACCAUGGUCAUCUACAGAACAGGAAAAGCUUAAUUCACUGUUACUUAAAUACCCCGAAGAAGAGAUAGCAACACAUAGAUGGAAAAAGAUUGCCGAUGAUCUUGGUUCGAGGACACCAAAGCAAGUGGCCAGUAGAGUUCAAAAGUAUUUUGUUAAACUAACUAAAAUGGGAUUACCAGUACCUGGUAAACCUCCAAAUGCUCCCUCACUAUUCCCUAAACCAUCACCAAAGAAAAAGCAUAUGGACGAUGAAUCAUAUGUAAAAAGCAAGUCAAGUAAAAUGGAUGGUAUUAAUCGUAGUAGCAGUCGUGAUGAUCGUGAUAUGGAUAAUGAAAGAAAAAAGAAAAAGAAGUUAUCACAUAGUAGUGGGAGUACAAGUUCAAGUUCAAGUACAUCAAAUCCAUUAAAAUCGAGUAGUAAUAGUAUUGGAAGUAGUAGUGGUGGUAGUAGUACAUCAAAUACAUUAAAAUCAAGUAGUAGUAGCAGCAACAGCUCUACCAAAAAGAAAUCAUCGUCCUCAUCAUCGAAAUCAUCAUCAUCAUCGUCGUCGUCAUCAUCAUCAACAUCCACUACAAAGAAUAAUAAUAAUAGUCAUCGUCAAUCAAUUAUACAUGAAGGAUAUAAAUGUGAUGGAUGCGAUCAAGAACCAAUUGUAGGAUAUAGAUAUAAAUGUGAAGAGUGUAUAGAGGAUAUUGACCUUUGCCAAAGUUGUCAUGACUCUUAUGAAAAGAUUGGAUCACACAAGAGUUCACAUCACAUGAUAUGCUAUAAAACACCUGCAGAGACUGAUUACUAUCUAGACAGUGACUACAAAUUUUCAUACGGAGGCGGAACAUCAAACUAUCUAGAUCCAAAUUAUCAAAAUUUCCCCAUCUUUUGGGACGUCGAAUAA